AUGUCUGAACGGAUCAACCAGAUUGCCCGCCAACUCAACUACCCAAAGGGGCUGCUCGCGGGCCAGGUCGCCAUCAUCACGGGGUCUGGCCAGGGCAUCGGGGCCGAGUGUGCGAGGCUGUUUGCGAACGAGGGGGCGAAAGUGGUGGUAUCGGACAUCGACGCCGCCAAAGCCGAAGACGUGGCUUCUCAGAUCAGAGCCAACGGUGGCGAGGCUCUUGCCGUGGCCGGAGACCUGCUCAAGGAUGAGUGUAUCACUGAGCUCAUCAAGAAGGCAGCCGAGUUUGGCAACGCUAAGAUCCACAUCCUCGUCAACAACGCGGGCUUUACCUGGGAUGCCGUCAUCCAUAAGAUGACCGACCAACAAUGGGACACAAUGCUGGCGAUGCACGGCACAGUCCCCUUCAAGCUCGUGCGCGAAGCGGCGCCCUACUUCCGGGUGCGGGACGGGGAGGCGCGCAACAUCGUCAACAUCUCGUCGACGUCGGGCCUGCACGGCAACGCGGGCCAGCUCAACUACGCCAUGGCCAAGGCUGGCGUGGUCGGCUUGACCAAGACGAUCGCCAAGGAGUGGGGCCCGGCCUUCGGCGUGCGCGCCAACACGGUCGCGUUCGGCCACAUCGAGACGCGCCUGACGGCGGAUAAGGAAGAUGGUGCGUUUGUGGAGGUGGGUGGGCAGAAGGUGGCGUUGGGGAUCCCGGGGAAGCAGAAGAAGGCUGCGGUAGAGGCGGCUGGGGCGGUGCCGUUUGUGGAUAUUCCGCUGCGGCGGCCGGGCACGGCGACGGAGGCGGCGAGUGCGGUGUUGGCGAUUGCGUCGCCGCUGAGCUCGUAUAUCAGUGGGCAGACGAUUAGCGUGACGGGUGGGAGGAACAUGUGA